GCCUCGGCAAGUCAGUUGUGGACUCUACCCCGGCAGGAAUCGUGCUUAGACCGAGAAGUCUCCUGGCACCUCCGGACGUGGGAAUUAUAGGCUUGGACAUCAAACCCACGAGGGUGUCCUCAUGACUUCCCCUGCAGACCAUGUCUAUGAUCCUUUUUGCCUGUGUGGUGAGGGUGAGGGAUGGACUGCCUCUCUCCGCCUCCACUGACUUUUACCACACCCAAGAUUUUCUGGAAUGCCGGAGACGGCUCAAGACUUUAGCCUUGCGACUGGCCCAGUACCCAGGUCGAGGUUCUGUGGAAGGAUGUGACUUCAAUAUACAUUUCUCUUCUUUGCGGGAUGUGGCUUGCAUGGCUAUCUGCUCCCGCCAGUGUCCAGCAGCCAUGGCCUUCUGCUUCCUGGAGACCGUGUGGUGGGAAUUCACAGCUUCCUACGAUACCACCUGUAUUGGCCUGGCCUCCAGGCCAUACGCCUUUCUUGAGUUCGACAGUAUCAUUCAGAAAGUGAAGUGGCAUUUUAACCACGUAAGUUGUGUUCAGAUGGAGAGCAGCUUGGAAAAAAUUCAGGAGGAGCUGGAGUUCCAGCCUCCAGUGGUCCUCACUCUGGAGGACACCGAUGUGGCAAAUGGAAUAAUGAACGGUCACACACAGAUACACUUGGAGCCUGCUCCUAAUUUCCGAAUGGAACCAGUGACAGCCCUGGGAGUCCUCUCGCUUAUUCUCAACAUCAUGUGUGCUGCUCUGAAUCUCAUCCGUGGGAUUCACCUCGCAGAACAUUCUUUACAGGUUGCCCACGAGGAGAUUGGAAAUAUUCUGGCUUUUCUUAUUCCUUUUAUAGCCUGCAUUUUCCAGUGUUAUUUGUACCUGUUCUACAGUCCAGCCAGGACAAGGAAGGUGGUGCUGUUGCUGCUCUUUAUCUGCCUGGGCAACGUGUACCUGCAUGGGCUGCGGAAUGUCUGGCAGAUCCUCUUUCACAUCGGGGUGGCUUCUCUGUCUUCGCAUCAGAUACUGACCAGGCAGCUUCAGGAGAAGCAGUGGGACUGUGGAGUGUGAAGGCGACUCUGUGUGACGAAUGGAUCCUUUGGCUUUCUUAGGAGGGUUAUCUCUGUUUCCCUUCUGGCUUCUCCACUUCACCUCAGAUUUUCACCCUCGAAGUUCCCUUCGACCAAGCCAGGCGGAGAGCGACAGUGGGGGAUUUUCAGCAGGUGCAGCGGAAGGCAGGAGGUGGCUUGAGACCCAGGCCUGGCUUUGUGCUGAGAGUUAG